CAUCUGCGCAACGGAUACACUGUUGAUGGGCCUGUUGAUGGAGCAAUUAGUGCUGUGCCUGUCCAUGAGCGUUGCGGUGUACCUGCUGGUGGGAAGUGUGCCGGCGGUCAACGCUAGCAGCAGUCGCGAUCGUUCCGGACUGGCAGCCAAGCUAGUAUGCCCGCCCGGCUCGGUGGAGAGCGAGAACGAGCCACCGCUGGAAGGUCCUGGGAGAGCGGCUGGCCAGCUGACUGGCAGCCGCAACAACCACACGGAGUGCUACGUACAGGUCAAGGUGGGCUGCUAUAUGGCGGGCCGGUGCCUGUCGCGGAAGGGCAUCCAGGGCAUGCCGGGUCUGUGCCAGACGCUGGACCGCAAGUACGUCGGCCUGCACGCCUCCGCCUGCUCCUCGGCCGCCCGCGGCCGCCUGCACCAACGCGCCGGGCCCCACACCACUCCCCUGCUUCCCAGUGUUCCCACUCCUCCCGCUGAUCAUCAGUCCUUCCCGCUGCCCUCCGCUUGA